UAUAUAUAUACAAGGUGCCUCCAAUAUCUUCGAAUACCUCAAAACAAACAUUUUUCUAGCUCAUUUCCCUAGAAGACAAACCAUAUCUUCUUGUCUCGUAAUACCAUACAUACCUUAUCAUAUCGACAGGUCAAGUAGAUCUCGAAAAAUUGUGUUCAAGACCCUAAAAUCUAACAGGGUUUCUAGUCGGAUUAAAUUUUGUUCUAGCCAGUUAAAUGGCCAAGUCGUUCAACAAAUACAUAUUAACCAUAUGUUAUUUAUGUACGUUUUUUCUUAGCCUAACAUCAUCAAUAUCAGCUGCUACAAAGGCCUACAAUGUGCUAGAACUUGGUGCUAAACCAACUGGUUUAACUGACACGAGCACGGCCUUCCUUAGUGCAUGGGAGGCCGCUUGUAAAACGAAUGGUUCGGCUUCGAUUACUGUCCCUAAGGGGAGGUACUUGCUUCAUCCCAUAGAAUUUCGAGGUAGUGAUUGCAACAACAAUGAUAUAACCUUCUACAUCGAUGGAACCAUAGUGGCGCCUCUUGACUAUCAUGUGCUCGGUCGUGUGGAUCGAUGGGUGUGGUUCGAUAGGGUUAGUGGUGUUACAAUUGCUGGUCAUGGUUUCUUUGAUGCCAAAGGUACGUCCUUGUGGAAUUGCAAGAAGGGCAAAAAUGGUGAUAAGUGUCCGCGAGGUUCAACGACUUUAACCUUUACCAGCUCCAACAACAUAGUGAUCAAAGGAAUUACUUCACUAAAUAGCCAAUUGUACCAUAUUGUUAUCAAUGUGUGUAAGGAUGUUUUAAUUGAAGCUGUCAAGAUUAGAGCAGCCGGAAAUAGCCCUAACACCGAUGGCAUCCACGUCCAAGAAUCUUCCGGUGUUAACAUCAUGAACACCAAGGUUAAAACAGGAGAUGAUUGUGUCUCCAUCGGACCUGGAGCUAAAAAUUUGUGGAUUGAACGAAUCUCGUGUGGCCCUAGUCAUGGUAUUAGCAUUGGAAGCCUAGCAAAAAGUAUGGACGAAGAAGGAGUACAAAAUGUAACAGUGAAGACGGCGGUAAUCUCUUACUCCACAACUGGGGUGAGAAUUAAGUCAUGGGGAAGGCCUAGCAAUGGCUUUGUUCAAGGGGUCAUUUUUCAAGAUGUUCUCAUGCGAUAUGUUUGGAAUCCUAUUAUCAUCGAACAAAAUUAUUGUCCUCACAAUAAAAAUUGUCCCGGUCAGGAAUCAGGUGUACAAAUAAGUGAUGUGAAGUAUGAAAAUAUACGAGGAACUUCGUUAAGUGAAGUAGCAGUAAAAUUUGAUUGUAGUGGUACCAAUCCAUGCACUGGAAUUCAACUCCAAAAUAUCAAUCUCCAAUACUACGAUGCAAAUAAAACUCAAUCAUAUUGCAAAAAUGCAGUUGGAGAGAUCUCAGGCUUGGUUCAACCCCAAAGUUGUUUAAACUUAGAUAAAGAAUUCCACGUCACUCGCGUAUCUGACACUGUGUUUGGAUAGAGAAAAGAAAGGAUGCAUCAUCCUUUGUUUGAAUACCUAAUGUAAGGAGAGAAGGGAAGGGAAUUGAAAAGAUCCAUUUUCCUUCCCUUUUUAAUAAACCAAAUCCUUCCAUUGUUGGAGAGAUUUGGAGGGAAAAUGGAAGGUCACCUCCUCCCUCCCCUCACCUCCCUUUCC